AGACUGUGUUGUGACAGGCCUAUUUAUAGUCCAAAGAAAGGAAAAAGCACCACUGGAGGCAGGAAAACUAAGUUGGGAAAGAAUAGAAGGAAGUGUGGCUGCCAUUUAGCCAAACAAUCUAGAACUAAUUGAGCUCAAAGGAGCCCCAGCCUCAGUGAAGCUGCGGGGAGUGAACAGAGCACAAUCCUGCUUCUCUCUCCAGAGCUCUGCCACGGCUGCUGAGUGGGAGCAAAUUUGCUGGGAGAAAAUAACUUCAGCAUCUCAAUACCCUGAGAGGAACUCUUUCAAAAAAGGAGCGUGAUGAAAGUUAGGUACCUAACAAAUUAAGAUUUUCAUUGAAGUCCAGCUAAGAGUGCAACCAACAAAAUAAAGUGAAAAAGCUGGRCAUCUGAAGAAGCAUCCUUCUACUUGGUGAAAAUGUCUCUUAUUUUUUGACAACGAUUAAAAGACAAUGGGGUCAAACACUCUUGGAAAGGCUGCAACAUUAGAUGAGCUUUUGAACACUUGUAUUGAAAUGUUUGAUGACAAAGGAAACCAGUGCUCCAGCCAUUUGCCAAGAACUUUYCUUUUAAUGCAUCGGUGGUAUCUGCCUUCGACAGAGCUGGCUGGCAAGCUGCUGUCCACAUAUAGAGAUGCCGAUGGGGAGAACUGCAAUGAAUUCAGAUUGAAAAUCUGCUACUUCAUGAGAUACUGGAUUUUGGAAUUUCCUGCGGAGUUUAACUUGGAUCUUGGGCUGAUUCGUUUGACUGAAGAGUUUCAAGAAGUAGCCAGCCAUCUCGGAUAUGAAGAUCACAUCCAUCUUAUUGAUAUCUCAAGCAUUCCUUCCUAUGACUGGAUGAGRAGAGUUACACAGAGGAAGAAGAUUUCCAAGAAAGGAAAAGCCUGCCUGCUCUUUGACCAUCUGGAGCCCAUUGAGCUAGCUGAACAUCUCACUUUUCUGGAGCAUAAAUCUUUUAGGAGAAUUUCUUUCACAGACUACCAAAGCUAUGUGAUCCAUGGCUGCUUGGACAACAAUCCUACUUUGGAGAGAUCUAUUGCUUUAUUUAAUGGUAUCUCUAAAUGGGUUCAGCUCAUGGUUCUCAGCAAACCCUCACCCCAGCAAAGAGCAGAAGUAAUCACAAAGUUUAUCAAUGUUGCACAGAAGCUCCUUCACCUCCAGAACUUCAACACACUGAUGGCAGUUGUGGGAGGUCUGAGCCACAGCUCCAUCUCUCGCCUGAAAGAGACCCAUUCCCAUCUGUCUUCGGAAGUCACAAAGGACUGGAACGAAAUGACAGAGCUGGUCUCUUCCAAUGGAAACUACUGCAACUACCGCAAGGCUUUUGCUGACUGUGUUGGCUUCAAAAUUCCUAUUUUAGGAGUCCAUUUGAAAGACUUGAUUGCUGUCCAUGUCAUUUUUCCUGAUUGGAUAGAUGAGAACAAAGUUAACAUAGUGAAAAUGCAGCAGCUUUCCGUCACCCUGAGUGAACUGGUUUCCCUGCAAACUGCUUCUCAUCAUUUAGAGCCCAAUUUGGAUUUAAUUAACCUGCUAACCCUGUCCCUGGACCUCUACCACACUGAGGAUGAUAUCUACAAGCUGUCACUGGUGCUGGAACCCAGGAACUCCAAAUCUCAGCCUACCUCCCCGACCACCCCCAACAAGCCAGUAGUGCCACUGGAGUGGGCAUCUGGAGUGGUACCAAAACCUGACCCUACAGUCAUUAACAAGCACAUACGAAAGCUGGUGGAUUCUGUCUUUAGGAACUAUGAUCAUGACCAUGAUGGUUAUAUUUCUCAGGAAGACUUYGAAAGCAUAGCUGCCAACUUCCCCUUUUUGGACUCAUUCUGUGUGCUGGACAAAGACCAAGACGGUCUUAUAAGCAAAGAAGAAAUGAUGGCUUACUUUCUGAGAGCUAAAUCACAGUUUCAGUGUAAAAUGGGACCAGGGUUUAUUCAUAACUUUCAGGAAAUGACCUAUCUUAAACCAACAUUCUGCGAGCACUGUGCAGGAUUUCUCUGGGGUAUAAUCAAACAAGGCUACAAAUGCAAAGACUGCGGUGCCAACUGUCACAAGCAAUGCAGAGACCUGCUUGUGCUGGCAUGCCGGAAAUUUUCCAGAGGAACCUCGGUAGGCAGCAACCACRGCUCUCUGCCUAGCAGUCCAUCUCUGCCUCCAGUCCAAGAUGAAGUAUUUGAAUUUCCUAGCGUUGCUGCAGAACACCAGGACCUUGAUGGCAGAGCUAUCACCCUUGUCACUGGCUCGUCACGAAAAAUUUCUGUGCGGCUGCAGCGGGUGACCACCAGCCAAGCAACGCAGACGGAACCACUCUGGCACGAGCCAGGUUGGAAUGAUUCAGGUUCCCAUACUUUCCCCAAAAUGAAGUCMAAAUUCCAUGGAAAAACUGGGAAGAACAAAGGCUUUGCAAAGUGGGAGAAUGAAAAGCCCAGCAUGCAGGCUGAUGUAGAACUAGAAGCCGAGGCCCCACAAGAUAUACAGAAUCACAACGGAAUAGAAACCCUCCCAGAAAGACAAGAAUCUGAGGAUAGCUGAUUGCUCACCCCGAGGCACAGAAAACUGAAGACGAGAACUAUAAGCAAGUGUUGAUGGACUGUCACAGACCACAUCUGGCCAUAAGGAGUGUUCCCAUACCUCGUCCUUUGAAACCCAACCAUUGCCCUGUUUUCUUAGCUGAAAGGUGUUAUCAGGCACUAUUUAUUUUCUCACGAGGAAGCCAUUUGGAUGCACAUUGCACGGACACAGCAGAACGGAUCUCUGCACUCAGUGUUUUCUUUUGUAUGACUUCUGUGGAAACUUCCUCUACAUGCCAGGGAGAAUAUAUUUGGCCUUCUUUAAAUGCACUGCAUCAUUUUGGUAUGUCUGCCAGCAACAACAAUAGCGAGGACAGAAGCCAAGCAUCUAAGUUUGUUCAAUAACACCCCUUACCCAAGGCUUGUAGUGAUCAUUUAAGGAAAGAAGUAGGUGUGUGUGUUAAUUAAAUCUCAAACAAAAAUCUCUCACAAAGUCCUCUACAUUGAAAUUCCUUGCACACCUGGGGUUUUGAAUUUUGGCCGUGUUUACAUUGCUACAGUGAACGUGUUGGUGUUCAGCACAGCGAUACCAGUUCCCAGACUGGGGAUCCUUCAAACAGGCAGCAUCCGGCUGAGACGGAAGGAAUUCCAAGACACUAUGUGUUUGUCUAGUUACACCACAAUGGAGAAGGGUCAUCUUUGCCAGCACUGAUUAUGGUAACAUUAGCAUGCAAUAAACACUUUAGUUUUAAGUGUGUGCGGGUGUCUGUGUAUAUCUGUGGAUACGAUACUUUUCUCUGGCUAGCAAGCUGUACAUGUUCUGAAGAGCAACCUCCAA